AUGAAAUUUAUGUCAAGGAGAGUAGUCUUGUAUUUUUUCUACCUCAUUUGUGUCAACCACAUUUCUUACCCGAGGGUAGAAUCUACAGAAGUAAAAUUAACAGAAAAUAGUGAUAACGAGCUCAGUAGUAAUGUUAUGAAGGCUUUGAUAAUGCUGGAAAUUGCCAGUUUGUCUCUCCGCAGCGCUUAUAUUAGAGCAGAUUCAUCUUUGUGGUCAUUUGUCAAUCUUCGUAGUUCUGUUACCAAUGAAGCAAAGGUAUACAGCAUCCAGAUUCUACCAAUUGCAACCACGCUCAUCCGACAUCUCCAAGAGUUCAGUGAAACUUAUGAUGCCAUAUCCUUUGAUGAAUUCAAGGAAGAUGUUCAUGUAUUGGCUAAAAAAGCAGAAGAAAACUACAAACUUAGUAAAUACGUAUCAGAACUUCAUAAAGCUGUUUACGCUGAAUUCAAGAAACUAGAGGAUCAAGCAAACAUCGUUUUAAAUGAUUUACAAAUGGAAACCAGACGUUAUGAGGCGGAACUACGUCCUCCCCCAAUUAUCGCUAGUGAACAGAAAGCCAUUAUUGCACAAGAAAUAGCCAUUAAUGAAGAGAAAAAACUUGCAGUUGCUGGAGCUAAGGCCAUUAAGGUAACUUUAGUCGAGUCUAUUAAUGAAUUUAUUAAUGCUAUAGGUAUUUUAGGUGUUGUUACUCAGUUCUUUGAAAUUCUGCAUCAAGAAUUGCUAACAUUUUCUAAUAAAUACGAAAAAUUCAAAGAAGAUCAAGCCAAAAUUCAUUUUAUAUUAAUUAAAAAGAAGGCUGCAACUCUUAAAUGGCUUUCAAAAAUGAAGGCCGAGAUCAAUGGAGAAAAUUUAUCAUUUCUCGAAUGGGGUAAAAAGUGGUUUAGAUCAAACAAGGAGAUUGCUAAUCUGCUAGGAUUACCAAGUAAUAAUGAUAGAUAG